UAUACUUGAUUUAUAAGCACCCAUCAAUUCUUUCUCUUUCCGACAAUUUGUUUUCGACAACUUCAGAUUAUCCCCGACUUCUAAUUCUUUUUUUUUUUCCGAAGAAUUGAAAAAAAAUAAUAAUAAUAAUCUUUUUUUCGGACGGAGAGUGUUGUUUUUUCGAGUGGGGUUAGUUCUAAUACUGCUGGCCACUAAUUUUGAAUGUAUGGUAUCCAAAGCUCAAACCUUGGCCGGUCGAAAGCGAUAAGCGAAGUCACUUCCUAAAAGAAUUUGAUUAAAAGUUUAUAAGUUGAGAUUUGUGGAUGGAAGAAUUCCUUGGUUUGGUAUGCCAAUCCAAGUUCAGCUUGCGUAGUUUACCUGAUGAAAUCACCAUUUAAACCAAAAUUGAAGGGUUUCAGUGAGGAUUGAGUUCCUGAAUGAUGGAAGGCAAUUGUGAAACACCAAACAAUGGUGAAGUGGCUGAUCCAGGUCUCCAGAUUAUUAGAUAUUCUCCUUACGUACCCUGCAAUAAAUUAUCAUCACCUUGGCUUGAUUUGAGAGUCUUCUAUGUGAGGAUAUGUAAUUUCAAAUUUGAUGAUUCGACCCCUGAGUUUCUCACUCUCAACCAUAUUCCUCUAAGCCCUGACACCAUUUUGGAAAUAAAUGGUGCUAAAAGUAGCAUUUACUCUGAUGGUGUCUCAUCACUUCUUAGAAGGGAUCGUGUAGAUAAGAAUUCUGAUGAAGCCACGUUUGUGAGCACAGACAGCAUAAGGUUAACUGGGAGUGUGAAAUUUGACGUGUUUGACAAAGAAGAUCUUAUUCUCUUAGGUGUUUUGCAGAUGUCUAAUAGUAAUGGUUUUAUUGGGGAAUCGAAAAACAAUGUCAAGCAAUGGAGCAUGAAUUGUGAGUCAGAGAUCACUGCUGGCACAGGUUUCUUGAAGGGAAAACAUAUCGGUGGCCCCGAAUUAACAUCACCAACCAUUGAGGUUUAUGUUGCAGGUUGCUUCUCAGGAACACCUAUCAUCUUAACCAAGACAUUGCAACUUAGUUUCCGGAAGAAGCACUCAAGGAAGGGCAUGUUGGAUGCUAUCCCUGAAUAUGAAACCACUGAAUGCCAGAAAGAUGUGUCUCCUGAACUUGAUCUGCAGAUUGCCGAAUAUAGAAACUACAAACCAGAAAAUGAGGAAGACUACGGGAACAUGUACUGGAGAAGAACAGAAUAUAUGGAUGGUGAAGACGGUGAACUUUCAUGGUUCAAUGCUGGGGUAAGAGUUGGUGUUGGGAUUGGACUUGGAAUUUGUCUGGGAAUCGGUGUAGGAGUCGGUCUGUUGGUCCGUACAUACCAAGCAACCACAGGGAAAUUUAAAAGGAGGCUAAUGUGAUUACUCAUUUUAUCCAAAACUGCAAAUAAAAACACGAUCACUUGGUUCUCAAAAUCCAAACGCAGCUAACUUCAUCCUUGUUUUUGACUUGCAUAUUGACUGCACAUUUUGGCUGGACUGCUUCUCUUUUUGUGUAGCUGACACCUACAAUAUUGGUUUGCGUGUGCUUUUCUUUUUUUUCUUUUUUUUUUUUAAUUAAUUUUUCCUCUUCCACUUGAUCUUUGUAAGGCAAUGUGUUUGUGUAGGAAGGUCUUCGAAGAAUAUGGUUUAGUGAACUGAUCUUAGUCUCUUUCAUGUUGUUCUCUCAGAUUCAGGUUUAUGCUUAUCUAAAGCUUUGUUCAACCUGUAUUGCCUGUAAAUAAGUGUGUUUCUAUAGAAGCAUUUGGAUUUGAUUUUGUUA